ACACAAUUAUUGCACAGAAUGGUUUUCAAUAUUUGCUUGUUGGAUUUUUGUUUCAUAAGUGUAGAGUUUAUCAUGGUUCUAGGUGUCGGUAACGCAGUUUAACGCCACCAUAACACCGAAAUAUAAGAAGGAGAAGAAGAGUCACUUCCCUGGCAACAGCCUCGUACCCGGAAGUUGUUGUCUUCGCCGCGAAAUAUCAACAGCUCAACUUCCAAGCGUUAGAUUUUAAAUUGUGUGAAAAAGAUUGUCGGUACUGGUCUUAAUGUAAUAGCUGAGUGGAUAUACAGUUUGUUCAUACUCGUAUAGUGACUCAGCUGUGUGUAAUGCAGCGCAGUGCAGCGGCAGUAAGUGUGGAGGUGAAGCAGGUGAUAGCGGCUCUGUGCAGACUGCUCGCGGCUACCGGGCUGGAAUGUGUCCCCGCGCCGGAGCACUUCAGGCGGGCUAAGUUCGGAGGAGGACCCGCGGUGGAGGAUCAGUUUUGGCAGGUACUCGCCAAUAUCCAACAGAAAUGUGGCUUUGUUUCCUGUGAGCCCCGUUCACAGCUAGGAGGAGCCACAGAGCUCAGGAGGCUGGUGGCUGCAGGGCUCUGGCAGACUGGCUACCAUGCUGACUGGAUGUAUGAGCGGGGGGGAGGAGAAGGAGGGGAGGGAGGGAGAUUCUCCAGCAAAGACCUCCUGCUGGCGCUGGGCUGGCUGCUCGCUACAGGAACUCUGGAGAAACUGCUGACUCAGAGAGUGGAGCAACUGGACAAAACACUCAUACUCACUCCUUCACCUGUAAACCAUCGGCUUCCAACCGAGCUCCCGUUGGACUCAGCGUCUGUCCGGAGACUUCAGUGGCUCGUUGGUUCUCUGAGACACCAGGGCCGCACCCUGCUGUCCAUGCAAGAAGAGAGGACCUGCCUUCUCCAUGCUGUUUCUGUUGCCAGCCUUCCCUCAUCUGUAUCCCCCUCCUCCUCAGAUCAGAGCUCAACAUUGCUAAGGAAGGACUGUGUGUGUCUGCAGCAGCUCUGUGACCUCCUGGAAGCAUAUCUGAACUGGAGACAGGUAGAGAAAGUCUUUUGGACCUGGAUGGACAGUGUGGUGGAUGGCCAUCUGACAGAUCCUGUUCACAAGAAGCCUACAAUAGCACCCAAUGGGAGAGCAGCACGGUGUCACCACGGAAACUGUGGGCUAGAGAAACUGGAUGACAUGCUAUUAAGACAGCCUACAACCCAGCAAGGACAGGGGACGGUCAGAGAGGCCCCUGAGGGCCGAGGAGAAGGAGGACUCCUGCAGGGUAGAUCAGACUCCUGCCUCCCUCCUCUCUCCUGUCCCCCCCGCCUGCCCUGCUGCCCCCUGGCCUACAGGCUCCAGACUGAGAGGCCGGUCAGACACAGCAGCCCCCCAGCAGAUGGGGACCGAGGCGGGACCCCCACUGCGGGGGAGCUCUCAGCGUCUCAGGCUGUAGAGCUGCUGCUGCAGACGGAGGCUUUGCUGCUAGAGAGGAGGGGCCGGCAGAGACUGGCCAAUCGGACGCAGCUGCAGGAGAUGAUUGGCAGGCUCGAUGAACUGGUGUUGAUUCCUCCAUAGGCUGUUUUUUUUUAAUCCUCAAACUGCUUAUUUAUGAAUUCAGAAAUAAACAACAUGGAUUCACA